GUUCAGGUGUGAUCUUUACUUGCUGACUGUAAGCUGACAGAGUCAGUUCAGACAAACAGCAGCAGCAUGAAGAUCAAAGGUUUCACCUGCGGGCUCUUCCUCCUCGCCUUCACUACCACAGGAGCAGACGCUCAGACAGAUGUCUGUGGCAAAGCUGCCCUCAACACCAAGGCAGAGACCAGGAUCGUUGGAGGUCAGGCCGCCGCUGCGGGGUCGUGGCCCUGGCAGGCCAGGCUGACUAUAAGGGGGGCUCUCUGUGGGGGGUCUCUGAUCAACAGCCAGUGGAUCCUGAGUGCUGCUCACUGUUUCAGCAGCACCAGCACUUCAAAUGUGGUUGUUUACCUGGGAGAAACCUCGAUAGACAACAGUCCUAACUCCGUCAGCAAGACGGUGUCCCAGAUUAUUGUACAUCCAAACUACAACAGCCAAUCUCAGGACAACGACGUUUCUCUGGUGAAGCUGUCCUCGUCUGUGACCUUCAACGACUACAUCAGCCCCGUUUGUUUGGCGGCAGCAGGCAGCGACUUCCCCGGCGGGACCACUGCCUGGGUCACCGGCUUUGGGACUCUUUCAUUUCAAGGAUCUACCCCUUCCACCCUGCAGGAGGUCAGCGUUCCCAUUGUGAACAACACUCAGUGUAACGCGUCUUAUGGUUCAAUCACCAGCAACAUGAUCUGUGCCGGUCUGACAGCUGGAGGGAAGGAUUCCUGUCAGGGAGACUCCGGCGGUCCGCUGGUGGUCAAAAACGACACCACAUGGAUCCAGGCUGGAGUGGUGAGCUUCGGACAAGGAUGCGCUCAGGCAAACUUCCCGGGAGUCUACGCCCGGGUCUCCCAGUACGAGGCCUGGAUCCGGAGCCAGGCCGUCAGCAGCUCCUCCAGCAUCUCAGCCGCUCACUUCAUCUCCAUGACGGCGCUGGCCGUCCUCUUCUCCGUCUUUAUUCUCUUCUGAGAGCUUUGAAGAAGUCUGGACCAACACAAACUCCGGAUCAGAACCGCUUCACGUGAGACUGGAAUACCUCACAGAUGCAAGUAGAUGAACGAUUCAUCAACUACUAUUUGAACAGACUUUUCUUGGAUUUACUCAUUUAUUCCAAACAUCUACAGUGGAAUCUGAAUUAUAUUGAAUGUCGUCGUUGAUCUGAUUCUCUUUUGUCUCAGUAACUGAGAAUCAGAGUUUGGACCAUUUUAGGUGAAAAUGAAGUUUAUUUGCUUUCAGAAGAAGCGUUGGAUGGACACGUUUGCUGCUAAAGUCGUAUAGUUUUCUGUUUCUACCUCCUACAGAUUUAACACUAUUUCCCUGGAUUUAAUCCCAAACUGUGACUGCUGAGAUCCACAGGGAUCUAAUGGAUUCAACUGAGCUGAUUUGGAUUGAAGGACAAACUCUGUUGUUUGUAUUUUCCCACAAAAACCCAGGAGUGUUUCUGUUGGUUUUUAGUUAAAAUAGAUCAAAUGUUUUCUCCUGGAUUUUUGAUGGAAAUUUCUUGUGAAACUGAAGAAAAGACAAACAGAACCGAAGUUUCUCUUCAGUUUUCUGAGAACCGAACCACAGAACGCUCCACGGCGUCCUUCUGAUGAAGUCUGGAGAAAACCUCCACAGCAGCAAACAUUCUCGUAGUUUUGUUUUAAGUCGGAGUGACUUUGGAGUCAGUCCUGAAUCUAAAUGUCUAGAAGGUGACAGCCGUUCCUCUGUGAACAUCUCCACUAAAAUCUUCAUUUUUGAUGCUCCGGAGAAGAAACAGGAACACAGAGAAAGUCUGUUGGUUCUGAACUGCAGUCUUCCUCUCCAUUCAGUCCUCUGACAGCUGAGGUCACCUGAGGUCACCACAGGGACCUGUGAACAUCAAAGGUGAAGGGGCGGGGCUCUGGGAAUUGUAGUUUUUGGUGGAUUUAAAAAAAAAAAGUGGACAUUUUUUUUUGUGGUUGUUAAUGUUUUAUUGCACUGUGGCUCAAACCUCAGUCCACCACUGGGGGCGCUGUGGAGUCCAUAAAAGUACCUGUAGGGCGUCAGGGUGACAGUUUUCAUUUUCUUCUCAAUUCUUUUCAAGCAGUGGAUCGAACUCUACUUGACUUUAGUUAAGAUUUGAUAUAUUUAAUGAAUCAAAGAUGUUUUUUUCAUUAUUUCUGUAAUGAUUUUGACUAAUCUGUGUGAUUUUAUUUC